ACCAAGCAUAUCGAAUAAGAUCACUGUGCUUUGCUGAGGCAGUCACUGCAGGGGGUGCACAGUAGUGUUUUUGCCAACUUCUGAAGAAUAAGGUUGAAGGUUUGAAAGAUACCUUGAGAAAGGUGAUGGCAUUCUCUGUUCUUUUACGCGGUUGCCUAUUCUUCGGAUGUUUUGUUUUCCAAGUGGCUAAUUUAUCAAGCUUCAGUGUUGUGCAAUCACCACGUUUCCUGGGAUUAAAAACUGGAGCCACAGUGUGUUUUUUCUGCAUUACUGACUCUCCAGACGCAAUGGAAGUGAAAUGGUGGAAACGUUUGGAAGACGGAGAUCAGUUGUAUUGGAAUGAGAGCGCAGCUGCAAUCAAUGAUUCAUAUAGCAGAUCAACGACACGCUAUUUUACUUUUAAUAUUAGAAAAAUCAAAAGCACUCACAGUGGAAUUUACUACUGCAAUAUCCACAUCAAUAACGUUACAAAAACUGGUUCUGGGACUGAGCUAAAAGUACAUGCUCGUACUGAAAAAGAAGAGAUCGCCAGUAAGAACACAAUGAAGGAUGCAAUCAUUCUGAUUCAGGGCUUUGUCCUGUUAGCCUUAUGCUGUGCUCCAUUUCUACUGAACCUAAGCAAGGAUGAUGCAGAAUCAGAUAAUGGAGAACUUGAGGAAGAACACACCUACGAGGGCUUGGAAAUUGGACAGAAUGAAAAUGCAGCUACAUAUGAAGAUAUUGUUACUGUAUGGAAAACUGGAGAGGCAAGGUGGAUGUAUGGAGAGCAUCCUUGUCAGGAAUGAUGAAUUGUUUUACUGAAUGUAUAUUUUGAAAUGCGUCCAUGGGAUCAGUUUUUCACUGGGAGAAUUUUGGGAAAGUAGGGUGGGGGAGUGGGGGGGAUAACAUGAACAACUUGUGCAGGACACACUGUGGUUUGAACUACGGGAUGGAUCAUCUGGACAUCCCUUACACAAACCAGCCAGGAGUGUGCAUCAGCUGCAGUGCUCAACUUGAAAUGACCCCAUAAUAUGAUUUACUCUGUACAGUACUGUCACUGAAUAGACUCUAGAAAUGUAAUCCCAGUAGCCUGGGGCAGAUCAACCUAUAGAGCACUUGCCUUUAUUCCCUCCUGCUGUAUUGGUAAACAUUUUCUUAUUUUGUUACUAUCCUCUUGCCUUUUAUGAUGUUUGCAAUGUUACUUUGUUCAGGAGCUGCCCUUCAGUUCUAGUCAGUGGCAAUGGAACACAUCUUUAUAGUUGGGGUGCUGAAAGCCAUUGAACAAAACUGCAACCCCUGUAUAUGAUGGAAGCAGGUCCUGCCACACUCCCAGCACCCUUAGUUCCAGCACCCCUGGUUCUAGGUGCCUGCCACAGACAUUUAUUAGGCAGGCUAGAUCAACCACAGGGGUCUUUACAUUAGUUAGCACCAGCACCAACUCUUGCACAGCAGUGUUUUGCCUGAACAACUAAAGGAAAUGUAUUCCAAAAGUGGCACAUCAUUAGAGGGUGCUGGCUCUUGCUUCUGUACAGGCACUCUGUAUGAUCUAGCCUAUGUUACAUACAUCAACGGCAGGGAACUAGAAUUGAAGAGCUGGAGAAAGGACGCUGACACACCUUAAAACACAAUGUUUGACAAACUGCAAUAAGAACUAGUCAGUAGCAAUUUAAGCAAAAAAAGCAAAAAACUAAAAAGUGGUGACAGAGUUCAACUUUUUCCAUUUAGUAAAUAAAGGCACUAUUUCACUGUUGUGAAUUGGCCUUUUAGAAAUUCUAAAGACAUUUCCGGACAAUGAAAAAGGUCAGCAAAUACAAAAUGGUAAUAUCUUUUUUUUUUUCCCCCACUUAUAAUGGAUUUUUAUCUUUUCAUAUAUAUAUAUAUAUAUAUAUAUAUAU